AUGGACAAUAACGCUUCCAAGGAGGAGCCUUCUUCUCAAUUAGAAGUCCCCCGCAGUACCUCCACACGAACGCCGUCGCCAACACAGUACGAGUUCGUCAGUUUAACAGGAACCGAGGAUCCAAGAACAACAAGAAGGAAACUAAAGAAAGUCCGAAGCCAUGUCAUGAAGAACUACUUGCACCAGCAACGGCAGCAUAGCCAGGAUAGAUCCUCAGAAGACCCAAUUUCAGCAAGUGUGGGCAGUGAUAGGAGGAAGGGCAAAGAGAUGAUGAGAGCCAGGGAAUCCACGGGUAGGAAGUCGAGAAGUCCAGGGCUCGACGGGAAGUCUGCUUCUUGGAAGGAUUCGCUCGUUGGUUAUGGAAUUCGAGAUUACUUCGAUCUUGGCAAUUCCGAUGCAUCUCCGUUCAGCUUUGAGUUCACAUUCCCCGCUGAUCAGGUCUCGGCUUGUGCGCAAUCGUACAUGGAUGCUUUGCUGCGUGAUCAGAAGACUGGUCUGGCGCAACCUACUUUCGACACGUUGCGGUGUAGGUCGAAAGUCGUUAGUAUCGUCAAGGAAACGCUGGAUCGUUGUGGCGAUGAUUUCUCGGAAUCUCUGGUACUCGCUGUCAAUAUCCUGGCGUUUGGAUGUGCUCUCGAUAACGAAUGGAACGAGGCAAGAGGCCAUAUGGACGCACUGCUCAAGAUGGUCAGUAGACGCGGAGUUGAAAAUUUUACUUUGGAAGUGAGAAGAGCAGUCACAUGGACGACAUAUUCCCUUUCAAUCCCAUUGAGUCUACCUCCCGUCUGGCCGCCAACAUUAUAUCCUGACGCCGAAGCACUUCCCCUCGCCUUCCUCGACGAAGCCCAACUCCGAUCCUGGAAAACCAUGAAGCGCUUCCCCAAAGACAGCCCCUUCAUAUUCGACGUCGUCAUUAGACUUCACCAACUAAACCUCGCCACUUCAUCCGACUGGCACGGGAAGCUCGAUUCGAAAACACUCAGCAACUUAUACUUUGAAACGAUGUACGCGGCUCUAGCAGUCGAAGCCGACGAGCGGUGGAUUGAGUUCCAUGCUACGCAUAGUGGGGACUAUGGGACAGUCACAAUGAUGAAGGUCUGGGCGCUGGGUGCGCCAGGAUUUAUAUGGGCGACGCUGCGCCAUGCGAAGGUUCGAUUGGGAUCUUCGGCUCCUAGUUGUGAUUUCGAGCCCGUGUAUGCACGUCUCAAGGAUCUUCUCGAAGGUGUGGAUGAAUCGAGUGCAUGGCCUCGUGGGAAGAAUCUAGAGGUGGUGUUGGCGACGCUGUUCUAUAGUCUUGAGGCUUGUGGACCUGCAAACAGUUGGAGAACUUGGUUGAUUGGUGCGGUGAGGCGGGGCGUUGAGGGACUGAGAAUUAAGGAUGUAGAUGCUUUUAAGAAGAUUCUACGGGCUUUUCCGUGCAGUGAUGAGCAUAUGGCUGCAGCAGACCGGAUUUGGGGAGAACUUUAUAGUGGAGAAAUAGCUACUGCCGCAGCGUUUGUUUAA